AUGGACAAAGAACAUCGAGAGCUCCAGCUGUCUCUUGGGUUCUUUGGAAUCUUGAAAGAAUCCUUCAAGAUCAUAUUUUCAUGCAGAAAAACCUUUAGCCAGAUAACCCUAAUUCUUAUUCUUGCUCUCUCCUUAAUCGCUCCAAUCCAGCUCUUUGAUCUCCUUAUUUUACGAAAACACAGCUCAGAUUGCCCAAAACAAACUAGUUAUCUUAAAUGCAUCCAAGACAACUGCAAAGCAAUAAAUGAUUCCUCUCAAUCCUAUGUUUCCCUUGCAUGCACCCAAGAGAAGUGCCCUACACAAACUGAUUUCUCUGAUCUCCUUAAAUGCAUAGAGCCCUCCCUGUCCCAUAAGAUCAUCUCCUCUCUCUUACAUUUCAUCUCCUACACUCUCCUUCUAAUCGUUACAGUUUUCACUGCUUCUGCGGUUGCUUAUGCUGUUGCAGGCAUACAAAUUUCGGAGUCAAUCACCUUCAAGAAGGUGAAGACUGCAGUGCCAAAUGUUUGGAAGAGACUUAAGCGCACUAAUAAGUGCAGUUCUGCCAUUAUUUCCUUGUAUAAUAUGAUCUUUGCAGCAGGAGUAAUCAUCUUGUUGGUGCUCAAUAAUCAUCAUAAUGCAUCAUCUGCGAUUCUAGCGAUUUUUAUUGUGCUUCUCUGGAUUUUAUUUUUUAUUGGGUUUUCUUAUAUUGCCAUUUUUUCGUAUUUGGCUACUGUGGUUUCUGUUUUAGAGGAAAUUUAUGGGAUGAAAGCUAUGUUCAAGAGCAAGAAGUUGAUAAAGGGCAAGAUUGGAGUUACUGUUGCUCUUCUUAUUAUGUGGGGAAUUUGUUUUUUUAUAAUUGUAAUGCUUCUUGUGGUAUGUGUGCUAACGGAUGGGGUGUUGGCACUUGCACUUAGAAUUGGAAUCGGAAUCCUUUGCUUCUUGCUGAUGUCUGUGCUGAUAAUAUUUGGGCUUGUAAAUCAAACAAUUCUCUACUUUGUGUGCAAAUCCCAUCAUCAGGAGAACAUUGACAUGUCCUCUUUAGCGGCCCACCUUGAGACUUAUCUUGUAGAGGGUACUUCAGAAGCAGCUGAUUACGCAACGGAGCAAAUUCAAAGCGUAAUAACUAAUUAG